AUGGCCUUGGCAAUUUCCCGCGAAGAUACGCAAGUUUUACUGCAUGGUAAGAACAUUUUGCAAGAAUCAACUCUAGACAAGUACCGGACCGCGGGACAAAUCACCCAAACAGGUUUGAAAUUCGUGAGCAAGUUGAUCAAUGACUCUUACCACAAGGGUGAGGCAAACCCAAGCGGCCGUCUGGCCAUCCACGAGAUUUGCUUAUUGGCAGACAGCCUCCUAACCACAUGCUUGGAAACUCGCUAUAAGAACAAAGUAGCCGAGCGUGGAAUUUCCCACCCUACGACAAUCGACGUAGACGAGGUUGCCUCCGGCUGGUGUCCUGAGCUGGACGACGUGGAGCAACUGCGCUCUGCAAACAAAUCUGUUGUUGGAACAGGUUCUGUCGCUGGUGCCAAAAGAUGUGUCGAUGGGUACCUGGCCCCUGGAGAUGUGGUGAAAAUUUCGCUGGGGGUUCACAUCGAUGGCUAUACUGCCCAGGUGUCGCACUCCAUGGUCAUUUACCCUACGGAGAAAUCAGAAAAUGGAGAGGUAAAACCCACUGGCCCUCUGUUGGGUGGCAAAGCCGACGCCUACGCUGCGGUCCACAUUGCAAUGGAAACGGUUGUGUCUCUUCUAGCCUGUGCUUUGACCCCGGAAAAAACCCCACGUUCUCUUUCUGCUGGUGGCCAAAUAACCGGUCAUUUAAUUCGUACUGUUGUGGACAGCAUCGCCAGCGCUUACCACUGCGUAGUCGUUCCCGGGUCUAAAGUGCGCCGUGUGAGAAGGUUCUUGGCAGGCCAAAACGAGGGUAUAGUGGCCGAGCGGGAGUACAAAGGUGUGGCUUGGUAUGAGUCCCACCAGGAACUGGCUAUGCUGCAAAAGUCGGCCGAGGCAACAAAAGAUUUAGUCUCUGUGAAGCCUUCAAGCCUCCACAACUCUUCUGCAGUUCCUACCGACGACUUUACUGUAACCCCCGGGGAGGUUUACGUGAUCGACAUCCAAAUGGCUCCGCUAGAUGGCGUCGCUUCAGGUUUGGUCACUCUGGAAAAUGCUGACAACUUCUCAGGAAAGUCCCACAGAGCCGACCAAUUAGUAGCUAGACCAGGUGCAUUUGUGAGGGAUUUCGCCCAUUCCCAUACCUUGAAGCUCAAGACGUCUAGACAGCUACUGAGCAAAAUUGACAGACAGGGCGUUUACCCUAUUAAACUUUCGCAUUUGAGUGACGACUUCCCUGUCGAUGUGAACGUCACAGGAGCUCCCGAAAUUCAGGCCAUCUCAAAAGAUUUGAAGUCGUACAGACUUGGUAUGAGCGAGAUUUUGAACAACUUUUUGGCCAUUCCAAACCCUAUUCGUCUCGCCAAGUGUGUCCCAUGGGAGAAAAUUCUCAGCACAGCGAACCCAGCUGGCUCCCACGGAAUUGAUGCCGCCGAGCGUACGUUACCAGGACAAGAAUUACCGCUGCCCCGCCUCGGCAUUUCGUCCCUCAAGUUGAAAUCGCUCCUCAAACAUGCUGUCUACGUCCCCGUUGUUCGCCAAAGUGCCACCGUGGUGCUCUGUACUGCCGAUGCUGUACCCACUGGCAAAUCAGAGCUUCUGAGACUCUCUGGCGGCAACAAGACCUGUCAGCCCAGCUGGAUACACUCCAAUUACCAACUGAACACUGACGACUCAAUUGUGCAGGGUAUUUUCCAGCUGGCCGAACUUUCAAAAGACAAGAGGUUCGGUUUCUCCAUAAGAGAAACACAGCCACUCAAUAGGGAAUCAGCAUCCGACCGUAGAAACGCGGGCGUGGCGCAGGAUGUGGAAAUGUCCUAA